CUUAAGACUACAGUAUUGCGGCACAAACUACUGCUUAUGGAUCUACUCUGGACGGGUGCGUGGUAGUUGUUUCUACAACACUCUUCGCAGUUAGGGCAACCUAUUCAAUCAUAAGACGUCCCAUUAUGUGGAUUCCGUGACUAUCUUUGGGACGAGUUCACUUGAAUUGGUAGUCGACUCUUAAGCUCCGACAACUAGGGUGGUUUUGGCGUCCAAGGACACCAAGGACGGAGGAGACUCAGAUCACGAGUCAAAGAAAAGUGUCCGGCCGGUAAUCAACGAACACGAAGGACGUUGUUAACUCGUAACCCCUAAAUCUUAUACUCUUAAGCCUAAGCCUUGAGCCUUAAGUCUUAAGCUGGACUUCGUUUUGAGUAUAAGUAUGGGGGAUUGUUGAUUGGCUUGUCAUACAAAACCUGCCCAGCAAUCCAACCACGCCAUCCCCCGCUAUGCAUAAAAUCAAGCCUUUGUCGCACUCGCGAAGAGCCCUUGAAGAUGUCAUACAGCCUGAGAAUGGGAUGAGGCCAUUCCUGGCGUAUAGCGUCCCCGCUCCCCAUCCAAUCCUAGACAAGUUCUCCAACCACCCCAUGGAAGCAAUCCCGUGGGAUUCUCUAGAGGCGCAGGUCAGCAAGAUAGACGAAGGACUAAGCGUCGAAGCCUCUAAAGUAGGCGCAAGUCGUGUAGACCACUCCUACUCUCUAUUCAACCCCCUCGUCGAUCCUACACCCUGGGCGCGACCAGUUCACUCCUAUUCUCUAUUCAACCCCCUCAUCGAGAAUAUAAUAAUCUCACUAUUAAUAUUGGUCUGUCAACAACACCAAUCUUGACACAGGUUCCGGCGUUGGCAAGGAAUAUUUACUACGAUGUCCUACAACUUAUAUAGACAGCCGAUGCAACACUUUGGUUAAUAUCGGCUUUUUGUUUAACAUUAAGCAAAUCCAGUUAGACACCAAAGUUCACGGUUUCCGCCAAAGGUGUCUAAUCGCAUAGACUCUCUCAAUCGAGAGAAUCCAGCCAACCUAGGUUACCUUCGAACUAUGUGAGAUCGCAGAGAAAUAUUACAGACAGAAUAGCUGUGGAUAGUCUUUCAUCAAAGCCUAAGCAUGGUCUCAGAUAGAAUAACUAAGUUACUACAAGGUACUUAACUAAUAAAUAAGUCG